AUGCAAACGAUCAUUAAGGAAAUCGAAGCUGUGGUAAACCAACAUCCACUUGUGUAUGUAGGCGAUGACCUCGAUUCAUCUAUUGUAAUUACUCCGGGUCAUUUCCUAUGCCUAAACCCCCGUACUGGUAUUCCGGAAAUUGAAAAUGAGGAUGAAUGGGACCCUACUUUCAGGCCUGUUGAAAGUUCCGCUGAGAAACUCCUAAAGCUAUGGAAGAAAGGAGAAAAAAUAUUGAACAGUUUCUGGAAAUUUUGGCAGGGAGAAUAUUUACUUAGUUUGAGAAAGAGGACUCAAAAGGCAAUAAAAUCGAGAAAACCCGAAGCAGAUGAGUUUCCACAAACUGGUGAUGUUGUUUUGAUAAAAGAAGAUCUCCCUCAUGGACAAUGGAAACUAGGCAAACUAAAUCGCUUACGCGUAAGUCGGAAUGGACAAAUUCGAUCAGCCGAAGUGAUAACGGCUUCAGGAAGAAAUCUCAACAGACCACUAAAUUUGUUAUACCCUAAAGAGGUACAAAGUGAAAGUGUAAAGCAUGAAAGAAAGCAAGGUAGUGAAGACUCGGAAAGCACUGGAUCGAGUGGAUUCACAGUUAAAAGGCCGAAAAGAAAGGCAGCCGAAGUCGCUACGGACUUACUAAAACGCAUGAUGUAA